AUCGUGAUGGAGGUCAGCUACACGGCACCCGACGGCUCGGUGGGCGCAUGGCACGCCCCGGGCCUGCCCACCAACCUGGGCAGUUUCGACGACGACCGCCAGGCGCUGCUCGACAUCGAGCAGAACAUUGCCAACCUGCAGCGCACGUACGCGGCUGCGGCCGGUGCCCAAACUACGCCGGUGGGAGGCCCGGCGAUGGCCGCCGGCGCGGACGGCGGUGCGUCGAUGGCGCUGUUGCAGUCUUCGUCGCAGCAACACGCCGGCUACGGGACCAGCGACGGAGGUGGAGGUGCCUUCUCGGAUGACGAAACGCGAAGCAAGCAGGGCUCCGUCAUCAGUUUGUUCGCUGCCACGUCCAACAAGUCGCCUGACAGAAAACGAUCGCUACCUGCAGCCAUGAAAACCUUGGCCGUGGCGCUAAAGAUCUCCAAGCAGCGUCCCUCAAGCGAUGCCGAGGAGAGGGUCAAGCUAAAGGACGCAGAAGACACUGUACAUUACGGAUCGACGCAGUCUCUACACAGGCGGCUGAGCGACCAGACGCUAUACCUACUCUCCGGAGGUGAUGCUGCCGAGAGCGCAAUGUUCGCCGACGAACCUUUCGCCAUGGACACGGCGCCAUACUCCAUCACCACACCCGUGGUCAUCACCAGGCCCAAGUUAAGGCAAGACAUCACAGCAACAUCGGCACUGAAAGCACAGGACUUCCAGGUCUGCGUGACAAUUAUCGAAGGUCGACACCUCGCCGGUCUCAACAUGGAUCCAGUGAUAUGUGUGCAAGUUGGUGACCAGAAGAAGUACACCUCAGUCAAGGAAUCAACAAACUGCCCGUACUACAACGAGUACUUUGUCUUCGAUUUUCACAUGGCACCGUCAAUGUUGUUCGACAAAAUCGUGACACUAACGGCGUUACACAACCGGAACAUCAUACGCUCGGGAAAAGUUAUCGGCACCUUCAAGCUUGACGUUGGCACCGUCUUCAACCAGCCGGAGCACCAGUUCUAUCACAAGUGGGCCGUCCUCACGGACCCGGAUGACAUGACGGCUGGUCCCAAGGGAUACAUCAAGUGCGAUAUAUCCGUCGUCGGCAAAGGGGACACAAUAAAGGACAAAGGCAUCGGCGACGAUUAUAGCUAUUUCAAGCCUGGGAAGAAAGUGAGCCAGAGCGCACGCUGGAUGGUUCAAGCCAAGCUGCGCAUGCAUCUCUGGCUGGGCACCACCAAGCACAAGCAUUGUGUACUCAAGGGAUUGCCCGAGGGCUACGUCAAGGACGUCGAGGACAUUGACAAGGGGCCGCCAUCGCAACUUCAUUACACGGAAAAGUCCACUUUCGAGCUGCGGGCGCACAUGUACCAGGCACGCUCACUCAUUGGAUCGGACUCCUCCGGACUCUCAGAUCCUUUCGCGAGAGUCGUAUUUGGAGACCAGAGUCAGACAACCAUGGUGAUCGACGAGACGCUAAGCCCCACGUGGGACGAGAUGCUGCUCUUCCCCAGUGUCACGGUGUACGGCAGGAAAGAGGACAUCAAGGAGGACCCUCCCGUCGUUGUCAUCGAGAUCUUCGAUCAGGACAAAGUGGGAAAGUCUGAAUUCAUCGGUAGGACGAUAGCCAGACCUCACGUGAAGUUCGAAGACGACGUCAACUGCCAGCCACCAUCGCUCGAAUGGCAUGACCUGUUCCGGGGAACCGAGCCGGCGGGAGAGCUGCUCGCCACUUUCGAGCUGCUCAGGUUCUCGCCUCAAGAAGAAAAGUAUGACAUGCCGGAACUUCCGAUGCCGAAAGAGAACGUGUUCCGAUCCGGUGAACGGGGUCCGGUGUACCCUGUACCGAAAGGGAUACGACCGACCUUAUCCACAUACAGAAUAGAGGUGCUGUUCUGGGGCCUGCGCGAGUUGAAGCGCGUGCAUCUGAUGAGCGUGGACCACCCUCGCGUGGACGUCGAGUGCGGUGGUCACGUGCUCCAGUCGUCCGUCAUCCUCAACUGCAAGAAGAACCCGAACUUCUCCACGCCCGUCAAGUUCCUGGACGUGGCGCUGCCGGACCAAGAGACGUACUGCCCGCCGCUGACGAUCCGAGUCAUCGACUGUCGCAGCUUCGGGCGCUUCACCCUGGUGGGCACGCACGUGGUCAACUCCCUGCACAAGUUCCUCUUCCGGCCCCGCUCCUCUUCCAGGGACCACCGAAAUAGGAGCGCCUCGCAGACCUCAUCUUCGCUGCACAUCGAAGAUGGUGUCCUGGUAGAUGUCGAAGCUGAUUCCAACAUACUGUCGGCAAAGGAAACGUUGAUAACACUGGACUACGGUUUCAAGAGCAAGAAAGAGAUGAAAAGCGAGGCGAACAAGAGAAAGAAGAAGAUGGCGACAGAGGACCCCGGACACGACGAGGAGAACCGGGACUGGUGGAGCCGGUACUUCGCCUCUGUAGAGCAAGCCGCCAAGGACUCCAGCGAUCAUAACGGACUACCGGGCAACAACCUGAGGCCCGGUGACGACAACUACGACAUGUCCAGUGACGGAGAGAGUCAACUAAGCGCAAAAGAUAUGCGGAAAAUGGAGAAAGAACUGGAGCGACUAGAGUUGAGCCACCACAAGGACAGUACGGAAAAGAAGAAGAAAACCUUCAAGGGUGCUUCGAGCGCCGUCCGGUUCGCCCAGCGUCUGUCGCCCAAGACGCAGAGGGGCCGCAUAGCCCAGGACGGACUAAUCAAGAUCUACCCAACGGAACUAGAGAACGUUCCCGAGUUCAAUGGCUUCCGAGAGUGGCUGCACACGUUUGAGCUGUACCGUGGCAAGCGAAGUGGCGAUGAUCUGGACGACCAGAACAGGGUCGUCGGCCUAUUCAAGGGUUCCCUACAAGUCUACCGGUUCCCACUGCCCAAGGACAUCCAGGACUACACGAUAACGGGCGCCGAUCCGACGUACGGGCUGUUCCAGGGACUGCCCAGUAACGAUCCCAUACACGUUCUUAUCAGGGUCUACGUCGUCAAGGCGACCGAUUUGCAUCCAGCGGACAUGAAUGGCAAAGCGGAUCCCUACAUUGUCAUCAACCUGGGAAGCAAGAGGAACAGCGAUAAGGAAAACUACGUGUCAAAGCAACUUAAUCCAGUGUUCGGAAAGUGCUUCGAGAUGGAGGCGACCUUCCCGCAGGACUCGCUACUGAACGUGCAGAUCUACGACUGGGACUUGCUGGGCAGCGACGACCUUAUCGGAGAGACGAAGAUCGACCUCGAGAACCGAUUCUACAGCCGCCACAGGGCCACCUGCGGAAUACCGCGCAGAUACGAGACAUACGGCCCGAACCAAUGGCGAGACCCACUGAGACCGAGCCAGGUGCUGGCUAAACUGUGCCGGGACACCAAGCUGGACGGUCCGCACUUCUCGCCGAAUCGAGUCAAAGUGGGCAGCAAGGCGUUCGUCUUCCGUUCGGACUACGAGGACGAAGGAGGCAAGCUGACGGACGAGCACCAGAGCCUGGCCGUUCUCAACCGCUGGGAAGAAGUGCCCAAGGUGGGCUGUCCCCUUGUACCAGAACACGUGGAGACAAGGGCACUCUACCAUCCGGACAAGCCGGGCAUCGAACAGGGCAAGCUGGAAAUGUGGGUGGACAUGUUCCCAAUGGACAUGCCGCUUCCGGGACCAGCCGUGGACAUCUCUCCCCGGAAGCCCAAGAGCUACGAAUUACGCAUUAUCAUCUGGAACACAGAUGAUGUUGUACUCGAGGAUGACGCGUUCUUCACUGGCGAGAAAAUGAGCGACAUUUACGUAAAAGGGUGGCUGAAGGGCCAGGAGGACACUCAGUGCACCGACAUCCACUACCGGUCGCUGACUGGCGAAGGUAACUUCAACUGGCGCUUCGUCUUUCCGUUCGACUACCUGCCCGCCGAGGAGAAGAUCGUCAUCUCGCGCAAGGAGUCGCUCUUCUCGUGGGACGAGACCGAGUGCAAGAUCCCGGCCAGACUAGAGCUACAGGUCUGGGACGCCGACCACUUCUCGGCCGACGACUUCCUCGGCGCCAUCACGUUGGACCUGAACCGUUUUCCGCGCGGCGCUAAGUCCUCCAAGCUCUGCAGCCUCAACAUGCUCAAGGCCGAAGCCAACGUGCCCACCAUAUCGCUCUUCAAGCAGCGCCGAGUCAAAGGGUGGUGGCCCUUCUUCGUCAAGAAGGAGAACGACGAGAUGGUGCUCACGGGAAAAGUUGAAGCAGAACUGCACUUGCUUACGAAGGAGGAGGCCGAGAGAAACCCUGCCGGCCUCGGAAGAAACGAACCGGACCCACUGGACAAGCCCAACCGACCUGACUCGUCGUUCAUCUGGUUCCUGAACCCGCUGAAGUCGAUCCGCUACAUCGUGUGGCACCAGUACAAGUGGGUCAUCAUCAAGGCCAUCAUCGCUAUCCUGCUCAUUCUCCUACUAGCCCUCUUCUUCUACUCUGUGCCGGGCUACACCGUCAAGCGCAUCCUCGGAGCCUAAAGUCAUCGAGACACUCAUCAUCUUCCCAACACGCUCACCACAUCCUGUAACCUUCCUCCAGCGCCAUCGACCCUCAGGAUUGUUUUCUGUAGACUUUCCCGCCGUACCCUCGAAUCGACUCGAAGCUGACCCUCCACUGCAUCGAACUGAGUACAGUGGCGCCAUCUGUCAACUCCAGAUAUAAUAAUAAUUCUGGGGGUUUUAACGUCCCGCACCCACGAUAUGAUUAUGAGAGACGCCUAGAGGAGGGUUCCGAAAGUUUCAACCACCUAGGGUUCUUAAACGUGCACCUAAACCUAAGCACACGGGCCUCAAGCAUUUCACCUCCAACGAAACGCGGCCGCCACGGCAGGGAUUCGACCCCGCGACCUUCGGGAAUGCAGUCGAGUACGUCUAUCACUAGACCAUCGUGCCGGGUGACGACUUCAGAGGACAGACACUACGCCACUCCAGAACUGCCAUCAGCUGUUAAUUAGUUGCAGUGAGUACUUCUGCAGAGGCGUGGUGCUGUCGUAAACCUUCCAGCUAUACCCAGACAAGCCGCAAUAGAAACAUAGUCGAGCAAAUAUUCAUGCCAGUAGGCAGCAUGUGUCUGCUGCAAGAAGAAUCCAGAAACUACUCAACACGUUGUAAUGGAAUUCUAGGAUAUUCAACCAACAGAACCCGUGGAAGGCUUUAUAUUUCUGGGGCUCUGGGUUUCAAAGUAGAUAGAAGUGUUGACUGGUCAGCGGUUGAUAUGAGCAAGAGACGUUUCGGAUAUUGAUGUAAUAAAAGGCAGGGUUGAGAUGGAUAGAACAGAGGUACAGACCAGAUAUCCAUUAGCCGCCACCCAGUUUCAGAGGAGCAACAUUUAAGCAUUUUCAUCAUCGAAUCUAAGCGGUGUGCUGAUGCAAGGAACAUCUAGAAUGCCAUAGUCACUCCGGCACUUCCAUGCAUUCCUCUCCUCGAAGUGCCAGCUCCCCUCCAGCUAUCUGAGGAUGGCGCCACCCCUCGGGUGAAGAGGGAACCACGUUUCUCUAGAAUGGCCGUGAAGUGUCAGCAAGUCUAGCAAACAUUUCUGUCGAGAGGUGGCGUUUCAAUCCACAUUAUGGAGUUCGGAAAAGCAAAUGCGAUUUUAAGCGCACUAGUUCAUGCUCAUGAUUUUAUUGCGUACAUUCACGAUUGGCUUGCAGUUAGUUCACACGGGGAAAGAACAAAAGACCACGAGAAAAGAAAGGGCGGAGCACGCACUGCCAACUGUUCAGUCUUGUCAGGGAACACAAUGUGUGAUAGCCAUGCAGUGUAAGAACUCGGUGCGAUGCAAUUACAUGAUCCCAAUUCAGUGUUGAGUGAAGGAACAUUCGAAAUGCAGAGGUUAAUGACCUUCGCUUCGCUACUCGAAUUAUAAGUCAUACAAGGGCACGUGGGCGUUAGAGGCAUAGAAUUUUCAAUGAAGUGAUGACACAAGGACUUGUGUUCUUUUCAGUGCUAACUGACUGUUCAACUUGCACGCGCAAAGUUUUCAAGCGGGAUUUGAUAUACUAAGCAGAAUAGAAGUGUCCGUGCUGGACCCAGCAGCACCAACAGGAAGCCAAAGAUUGUUAAUCGGAGAGCCGUUUGUCAUUGUAGUGGAUAACUCUUUUGUGUACGCUUUCGAGUGCGACACGGAGUGAUUUCAUUGUGUCAUUUUACGAAGGAAAUAUUUUCAAUUAAGACUCGAAUGUUUUUUGUUCUUUUUGCGAUCGGUGAUAUACAAACGCGAGCGCAGACAAAAAAGCUCUUGCUUUUCAUUUUCCUCGUAUUUAUUUGUUCACUAAGUUGAUGGCUCAGUGAACUGCUUGGCUGUUUACUUAUAGGCAGCCUAUAGUUGUGCGAUCACAGUGAAAACUCAAUAGAGUUUUAUCUGCGACGCUGAAGCUGGACAAAUGUUCACUGACGUUGCUCACCCUGUAUAUUAUCAUUACAUCCAUUACCUACGCUCAUGUUAAAACCCGUGAACACUGCUUUUCCUCUUUUAAGCUGUCAAGGAAGUCGUUAGUAUUCUAGUAAUUCUCCGAGGGUCGAGCGAGAAGCGUGUAAAAAAUUUAUCUGGUUCUUCCCGCACAUAUUUAUCCACGUAUUACUAGCGAGGGUGAUGAUAUAUUCAGUCGACUAAGGAUAUUCCGCUGUCGGUCGUUUCGUAAGCGUUCACCUGUCUAAAUACCGGGGUAUUCGCGCCGCUGAAGCUAAACAAAUACCAUUUUCUUUCUUCCGCUCAAUGACCAGGUUUUACAUUUUUCCGGGGUAGGGAAUACCAUCCU